AUGGCCGCAUCACGGCAGAUCUCCACGGCCGAGCUGCGGCUCUGCAUCAAGGAGGCGCUGGGCGGCGACAUGUCGACCGAGGAGGUGCAGGCCCUGAUGGCCUCCGCAGAUACCGAUGGCGACGGGCUGCUGGACGAGGAGGGGUUCCUGAGGCUGGUGCGGGAGGCUGAGGCCGGCCACGAGGAAGAGGAAAACAGGUGCAGGGAGGCGUUCGGGGUGUACGAGAUGGAAGGGAGGGGCUGCAUCACCCCGCUCAGCCUCAAGCUGAUGAUGAGCAGGCUAGGCCUGCACCUGGAAGUCGACGUCUCGACGAGUGUCAGGUUAUGA